CCCCCCCCCGCCGACGAGUAUGGCCGCCGCCCGAUGCUUUGAUUGCAGGGGAAGCUAUUCGAAGAUCGACGGAUCCGUUUCCGGGACAUGCUUCUCCUCUGCGAAGCAGGAAUCAGAUGAAUGUGAGGAUUCUGUGUUUCCGGUUCCUGGUUUGGCAUUACCUCUGACGGCCCGGAUUGAUAUAGGAAAUGAAUGCGUGGCACUUCGUGAAAUGGUGAGUAACCAGCAGAGGAGUAUUGAUGAUUUGAACACGGAGCUGGAUGCGGAGAGGUAUGCUUCCUCUUCGGCGGCGGAUGAGGCCAUGGCUAUGAUUCUGAGGCUUGAAAGAGAGAAGGCCGAGGUUCAGAUGGAAUUUACCCAAUUCAAGAGGUUUACGGAGGAGAAAAUGAUACAUGACCAGCAGGAGUUGUUUUUACUGGAGGAUCUGUUGUACAAGAGGGAACAAGCAAUUCAUGCUUUGACAUGUGAGGUUCAGAUGUAUAAGCACAGAAUGAUGAGUCUAGGGUUCACUGAGUCUGAGGUUGAGGAAGAGAUUGAGAAGGAGAGGAUUCGUUUCAGCUCGAAUAAUAGCGUUUCCGAGACUUCAAAUGGGCAACUCGAAGUCCCUCUUUAUGAUUAUCCUCCGCUAAAAUGCUUGGACGAGAAUCAAGUUUACUUUGAGGCCGAUAACGAGGUUGUGGAUGUUGAGAAAUAUGCAUUCGGGGAAACUCCGCGCACCCGUGACCAUUUCCUGGAUUUGGAGAGCAGGAUCAACCACCUCGAGAGGAGUCCAACGAUCAGUCAUCCUGAUGGUGAUCAGUUCUAUAAGAACAAUGUUCUUGAAAAGGUGAUAGUUGGUCAAUCUCCAAGGAGGCCAAGGCAUUUGAAGAAGUUUUCAUCCGAUAGUGCAGGGUCUUUCUGGGUAACGAAUAACUAUGAUCCCAUAACCGAGUCUCCAAAGUUUGGGGGAAGCUUUAGGAAGAUGGAAUUUCCGCAAAAAGAAGAGUUUUCAAACUUGAGGAAAGUGGAGAAUGCAUCAGAAGUUGAAGAUUGUAUGAGUGACAGGGUUUACACAAUUGAUUCCAUCCAUCUCGGAGCAGGAACUUAUAAUAAUAAUAAUAAGGCAUCUGUUGGAAUAUGUGAGGAUUAUAUUAAUACCCCAAGGGAUUCAUUGAUAUAUACUAACACUGAAGAUGUUGAUAUCAAGAAGUUGUAUGCUAGGCUUCAUGCACUUGAGGGCGAUAGAGAGUCAAUGAGGCAGGCACUGAUAUCAAUGAGCACAGAUAAAUCACAAGUGGUAUUGCUAAAAGAGAUUGCGCAACACCUGUGCAAGGACAUGUCACGGCCAGAGAGAAUGCUCACAAGGAAACCUUCCCCAGUUCGCAGCUUUUCUAUCAUGUCAUUAUUCAAGUGGAUGUUUUCCUCUGUGCUAUGGAGAAGAAAAUCACGUCGAUCCAAGUACAUGUUUGGAACGGCGGGGAAUAGUGCAGGCUUGCUGAUGCUUUUAGACAAGGGACCUCGUGUGGGUCAGUGGAUAUGUAUAUUCAGCACACAGGUUUGAAAUUUGUUUCCAUAUACUCAUUCAUUAUGACAGACCGAAUCUUCAGGCUAUCGAAAAUGUAAAUGCAGCUCUGAGGGCCGGGUUUUAGUCAGAUUUCUUUCUCAUUUUCGGACAUUUCAUUAUUUCUUUUUGUGUCUUUCACUUCAUUAAUGUGUUAGAAUGAGAUGGGGUUUUUUGUUGAUCAUGUUGGGUGAAAUGCUAGAUUCACUAAUGUCAGGUGCAACCUUGUACUUU